GUAUGAAUAUAGAACAAUACAGUUUAGACAAAUCGACGCUAGCAAAGCAUUGAUUUGCUACAACCGUGAGUCAACCUUAGGGAUCAACGAUGGAUCACAUAGAUUGAGGUAUAUAAUCUAAUGCCUCCUCCACACGUAGGCGGAUGCGUCUGCAGAUGUCGGCGGACGCAUCCGCAGAUGAAUCUCUGCGAGCCGUCCACACGUAUGUUGGUCGAUCAGUCUGUGUUGGUUCUCGUCAGAUGCAACACGUAUGCACGCAAAAUGGAUAUGGAGACCGUACCUGCUGCAGCUUUUUAUUUAUUUAGGACCUACAGUAAACUCAACUCAAUUUGUUAACUACCCACAGAUAAAUAAAAUGAAUGAUUCUUGUUCUUACAAAAUGUUUAUUUUUGUGAUAUUUAUUUUUAGAUUCCACAGGAAAUUUUCAGCUUGAUACAUCUCCAGGAAUUUGAAUGUAUCCUAAGUUUUUAUGCUCGCCAUUUCGACGAGAAAAAAAGCAAACGCAAAAAAAAAUGUUUAAUAUCACGCGUGCAGUCUCAUUCGCUUCCCGAUGAACACUGAUGCGUCGCCAGACCACUCACUCGCGCCGGCCGCUCGCGCCAGAUCCCUUUGAUCUGUGCCACAAAAACCGACAAACGACGGAUAUGUGCCGGACGCGUCUGCCGACGUCAAAUACCUACCACAGACGAGCAAAUCACCCCCUCUACACGUCGACGGACGCGUCCGCCGAUGCCAUCUGCGGAUGCAUCCGCUUACGUGUGGAGGACACAUAAGAUGGAUCGAUAUUGACAUUUCAUGGCAAUUGACAUUUGUGAUUUGACACAACAUGUUACAUUCAUCAUCCGUCAUCCGACAUUUUCCACUAGCAGUUUGACUGAAGCCCAUGUUUAUUUUGUAUUAAAAAGUUGGACCACCUUCAAAGUGAAACAAAAACAUUGUGUGUUCAUAAUUUAGAAAAGAAAAUCCAUAUUUUAACAUUUGUGUGGACAUCCAGACCAUAAUGAAUUGGUAUUUUUAUUGCUGAUUGCUGUUGUACCUACACACAAAUCGUUUUGUUUACAUAUAUAUAUAUUUUACGUUUAAUAAAAUAUAAACAUAUAAUAACUUAGAAUAAAACAAAACUGUCUUUUGAGAUGUCGAAUUUUAUAAUCUUAGAAUUUUGAUCAUAUUUAAUUUAAACAUAAUAAGGUAUUUACUAUUUAAGUAGGUACAUGUACUUAGAUGUGUUUUGAUGCUCUAAUGAAAUUUGAAACAGCUUUUAUUAAAUGCUUUUUCCUCUUCACUCAUAGUUGUAUGCAUUAUAAAAAUAAAUAAAAAUACUUUGGACUUGAAAAAUCAUGGUUUGUAUUUCUACUGUUUUGUUUUGGAUAAACAAUCUUGGAGCAUGUAUUGCGUUAAUUCGAAUAUGUAUAUAUUGUUAAGUACCUUUAGUAUUAAUAAUAAUGUGUGUCAUGUGUGGAAAUAAACAAAUAAUAAUGUUUUAUUAUACAUUUUAUGGCUUUUCUUUUGUAUCAGCUGCUUAACCUGGAAUAAUCUGGAAUAGACAUAUGAGUCAAGACUUGUGAGGUGAUUACUGAACAGAUGGUGACUGAUGGUGAUUACUGUGGUAGAAGUUUAUGACUGAUCUAAGGUUGUAAACUAUCCAGUGUAGUGCUCAAAUAUGGAUGAUCCUGACUGGGAAAUAGAACCUUUCCAAGAGAGUCUUCAAGAAUCUGUACAAGAAAGUGAACAGUUUGAUGAGUUUGAACAUGAGCUGAGUAAGGCUGAGCGGCAUUUUAACGAAAAAUUAAAAAAGUUGAAGGUCAGGGUAGAGGAUGGCAGCGCGCGCUACAUGGUGAGGCGGCGCGAGCGUGACCCGUCCUCCGGCAACUGGGUGUACGUGUGCUUCCCCUGCGGCGCCGUCUGCAUCGGACAACCCGUCUUGGAGGCACAUAUUUCAGGAAAGAAACAUAAUAUUAAGAUGAAGAAUGGGCUCCCAUGGCCCGUCACUAUAUUUGACUUCCAUCCCACAAAACAAAAGAAAAAGAAGGUUGCAACCCCUCAAGUGAGUACCGCAGGCUCAUCGAACAACUCGGGAGAAACAAACAAGUAUGAUGAGUACAAAAAAGCUAACUGCAAUCUACAGGAAGCACUCGACUCCCUCCAGACAGCGCUCAUUGGCUUGGAGUUCGUGGUAGAGCACCCGCCGGAGCAGCCUCACCACCCACCCACCUACAUUUGCUUGCUGUGUGUGAAGCAGGGCAAGUCACGCGCCAUCAUCAAUCAUAUCAACUGUUUCUGGCAUCGGUACACUUAUCUCGUCCGUUUCUUCCCAACUGCGAGUGACAAGUUAAACCCGUUUACAACAGAUGUACGCUACCGGACUACUGUUGCGUACGUCGUGAGCAUUCUUGCGCGAUGCAUAGAACAAAAAUACGGGAGGAAGCGACCGCUCAAAAUUGAGAAAGACGAAUUUGAGAGAGAAAUCGAGCAAGUCCGCCGCUGGAUGGCUCAAGACCACCACUUCUCUGAAAAAGACGGCUGCACUUUCGAAGAAGUUGUCAAUGAAGAACUUAUUGAAUUAUUGGUUCAAGCCCGUAAGUUAGAAAACUCAUACGUAGACAAAGAUAAAAAAAGUCCGAUUGGGUCGCCAGCUAAGAACAAGGAUAAAGAAGACGAAAAAUCUGAAUCUGAUGAUUCUUUACCUGAUUUCGACGAUGGCGAUGGGCACCAUGACAAGUCUAACCACGAGACCUCCAUUGCGCUGUCAACUAUAAAUGCUAAGUUUAAGCCGAAGAAAUAUUAUAGUCCUUGGAAAAUGAGUAUUUCAGCGGCAAUGUGUGCUGAAACCGAGGCAUUCGCGAAGCUAUCCCUGGAUUAUCAUACGAAGAAUCCAGAGAAGCAUCCCUUUUAUCUCACGGAGUGGAGCAAGUUCUGGAACAGACGCUACAAGGAAAUACGGGCCGAGGGCAAGGAUCCAGCAAAACACGACUUCGAGCCGGAAUGGGUGGUGUUUUGGUCGGCGCGUAUGAACGAACUGCACGAGAAGGAGCUGCGCGUGCAAGUGGAGGAUAUCUACCGUAAGAUGGAAAUGACGCCACUCGUCUGGCAAAAUAAUGACGAACAAAAGUCACGGGAAUCGUCACCAUCAAACAAAAUACAGAAAACAGAGUCUUCAAGUGAACGGCUUCGCUCUUCACAGCAUCAGGACCUCCGUAGAAAAUCUUCUGAUCGAUCGCCACACCAUAAAACUUCCUCUGGCCGGCGAAAUGCUUCUCCUGACCGGCAUAUAUAUUCGUCUGAUCGGCGUAGACUGACUCCUAAUCGUUGUAGACCGUCCUCUCCACGGCGUAGACCGCUACUCCGUUGGUCUCCUCAGCACACACAUAGGCAGUCACCGCAGCGGCGCCACUCGCCACCGCAUUACUAUCACUCACGAUCACGGAGUCCGCACUAUAGCUGGAGCCGCAGAUAUGAGCGCCCGUAUCAUGCUUUAUCCUCAUCGAAGAUCGACCGAAAACCUGUUGAUGGGUAUUGUUCGUGGCAUUUCGACAACGACCGUCUGAGUCCAUAUUCUUGCGAUGCCAUUACGGUGACACUUCGGCAACUCGUGGCACUUGAGCAAUAUCUGGGCAGCCUGGGCCCGCGCGUCAUGGACAUGCUCGCCGACGCCCUCAAGAUGGAGAAGGAGCGCGCGAACUCGUCGGAGGAGCUGCUGGAGCGCGAGGCGGCGCUGGUGCUGCUGGAGACGGCGAAGGAGAAGCUGAAGGGCGCGGCGCAGGCGGGGCUGGUGGCGCCCGGCGCGGCCGCCGCCGUGCGCGCCGCCGUCGUGCGGGUCGCCGCCACGCUGCACGAGGCCGACAAGCGCCUCUCGCGCAGGAAGCAGGAGCGCUUGGCAAGCGUCGUCAAGGCAGUGUCUAAUGCUGCAAGAAAAGGUGAAGUGAACGGCUCGCAGACAGCCCGGCAGAAGGCUUUAACACUCAUAGCCAGGGGCAGGAUAGAUGCGAAGUCCGAAGAGCUUGCUACCCUAGUCAAGGCCAGGCAGACUGAGCAAUCAAAAUUAGCCAACGCUUCCUGUGGUACGCCACAGGCUGCAUACGAGAAGGACAAAGAGUCGAAAGAAGACGCAGAAAUAGAUCUCUCGGAUUCUGAAGUGGACACAUUGAUUGAGAACUUCCACCAAUUAUCGUCGGAGGAGCAGUAUGAUUUUUUCGCAUACUUAAAAAAGCUGGAGACUAAAGAACCGCACCGCAUGGACCGUAUAAUUCAGUACGUGAACAGUACCACUGAGCCUGGAACACCGCCUUUGUCGAAUCAAAGUGAAACGGAUAGCGUCAAUAAUCAUGGGCAACAGGUUACGCUCGAUGAUCUCCAGAGCAGUGAGCAUACCAGUACAACUAUAAAAGAGAUUAUUCGUUCUGCCAUGCAAAUUGAUAAAAAACUUGAAACAAAAAAAAAGAAAAAUUCACCACAAAGAUGGAUAUCCCAAAGUACCAAGGACUUGGCCUCUUCCAGAAAUCUGUCUGAGUUAAAAAGAGCAAAGACGAAUACAGCGGUUUCAAAUGUUUCCGAAGCAAUUUGCUCUGACGAAGACUCCAUUGACGACCUUCUAGAAGCUAUUGAAAUUGAACUGAAUUCACCUGAAGAUAUACCACAAGAUCAAAUUUAGCUGCCCAAACAAGUGGCGUUGUUGUGAGAGAAUCAAAUUCUCAUUAACGACGUGUCUGCUACCAGAGUCCGAACUACUGGACUUGAAAAUAAUAAUAUGAAUGAAGCGCAAAAUAACUAUUAUUGCUAGCUUGGCCUCAGAAUCCGAAUUACUCGUAUAAUUGUGUAUUUUUAUAUACUUCACGUUAAAUAAUACUUAGGUAUUAUUGUAGGAAAUAAAGAAAAUUGAUUAUAAUUUUUAUUUGUUUCACUGAACAUGUUUCAUCAUUGUCCGAAUCGUUCCCUGUGCUUUGUUAAAUUUUAAAUACAUCUGUUAACUAAUUCCAUAUUAAGCAUUUGAGGAAAAAAAUACCAUUUUUUGUUCUUAAGGAUUUGACUCUAAAACUACAUAACUAACUUCCUUUUUACAAUUACUCUAAGUUAAAGUUCUAUUUAACAGAAUUCGUGCCUUAUAUAUUUAUAAUAGCAGACAACAUCGCGGGCAACAGCUAGUACAUAAUAAUUGCAUUGACGUUCGGGCACUAAUAGCACGACUAGCCAUGUUUCUACAAUCUGAGUGAGCUUAUGCCGCUGAAGCUUUCUAAAUAUCAGAAUCACAAGCACAUAGACACCCAGCCCGCAUUUGCGGAUAACACAAAUGCUUGUCCCAUCGAACCCACGGCAAAUAGCGCUCACUCAGUUUGGCGUGGUCAUCGGUAUUUUUUAUUCAAGCGUUUUCUAUCAACGCUAACGCCAGACGAAUGUCAAAAGUUCACUUGGCAAGGCGGGCACUGAUGUCGAAAUAAGCAACCAUCCGAUUAUUAUAAUUAUUAAAAGUUCUACCUUGUUCAAAGU